CCCCAGGCUGCUGGUGCCUUGCUGGCCACGAAGAGAGGUUUUCCAAGGUGCAGAGAGCCGCCGGGUGUCGGGGUUGGCGGCGGUGGGGAGCUCUGCCCCUACGGUGCCUUUAAGAGCAGGGAGCGGUGUCCCCUAAAAAUAGUGUGUCCCCUCCCUGCGCCGUCUGGAUCCCGUGUCCCACCACGGUGUCCCUGCUCAGCGCUUGGACGCUUGCUUUGUGGUGGCCGGCCGGAGGGCUGGGAAGGCCAGGGACGCCUUCACCACGCUGUGCUCAGGCUCUCUCUGCCGGCCGGGCCCUGCAGCCAUCUCCAGCAUCAUGGUGCAGAACGUGGACGACUUUGAUUUCUGCCUGCCUUCGCACGCCCAGGGUGUGCUGGAGGGGCUGCAGCGCCUACGUGCCAACCCCAAGCUGGUGGAUGUGACGCUGGUGGCGGGCGGGCAGGAAUUCCCCUGCCACCGCGCCGUCCUGGCCCUCUGCAGCCACUACUUCCACGCCAUGUUCUCCGGUGACUUCGCCGAGAGCAUCGUGGCGCAGGUGGAGCUGAAGGACGUGGAUCCCGUUGCACUGGCAAUGCUGCUCGACUUUGCCUACACAGGGAAGGUCACCAUCAACCAGGACAACGUGGAGAGGCUGAUGAGGACCUCCAGCCAGCUCCACUUCCCCACGGUUCAGAAGGUCUGCAGCCGCUACCUCCGGCAGCAGAUGGACGCCACCAACUGCCUAGGUAUUUGUGAAUUCGGUGAGAGCCACGGCUGCCCUGAGGUCUCCUCCAAGGCCUGGUCUUUCUUGCAGGAGAACUUUGAAGCCGUCUCUCGGCAGGAGGAGUUCCUCCAGCUCUCCAAGGAGAGAUUGGCCAUCUACCUCUCCAACGAUCAGCUGCAGGUGCAGGAGGAGCAGAGCCUGGCCAAGGCUGUGCUGCGCUGGGUACGCCACGACCCAGGGGCCCGAGCCCAGUUCCUGCCCGAGCUGCUGGAGCUCGCCCACCUGGUCUCAUUGCCCGACCAGUACCUGCAGAACCUGCUCGCCACCGAGCCCCUCGUCCGUGACUCAGAUGCCAGCAAGGCCCUCGUUGCUCGAUCACGCUCCAUGGGACAGAGUGAUGCUGGUGCCCAGAAGAAACUCCCAACUGCUCCCCAGAAGUUGGAGGAGGUGCUGGUGGUGGUGGGUGGCCGUGUGCUGGAGGAGAGUGAGGAUGAGGGGCAGGAGAUGCCACCUGCCACCAGGAACUUCGCCUUCUACAACCCCAAAAGCCGACGAUGGAUGGCUCUGCCCGACUUCCCUGAUUACAACAAAUGGGGCUUUUCCCUGGUGGCUCUCAACAACGAUGUGUACGUCACGGGUGGCUCCCGGGGGUCCCAGAAUGACACAUGGUCGACGACCCAGGCCUGGCGUUUCUGCCCCAAGGAUGGCGCCUGGAAGCCCAUUGCUUCCAUGCUGAGAGCCCGGACAAACCACACCAGCGCCAUCCUCAACGGUGAGAUCUACGUCAUUGGGGGGACAACAGUGGACGUGGUGGAGGUGGAGCGCUAUGACCCCUACAACAAGAGCUGGUGUGCCAUCAGCCCAGCCCUUAAGUACGUCAGCAACUUUGCGGCUGCCAGCUGCUUGGGCAAGCUCUACCUGGUGGGCUCCUGCGCCGUCAAGUACAACGCCCUCACCCUGCAGUGCUACAACCCUGUCCAAGAUCUGUGGAGUGUGAUCACAUCACCCUUCAUCCCCAAGUACCUCUCGGCCCCGCGCUGUGCCACCUUGCACGGGCUCAUCUACCUCAUCGGGGACAACACCAAGAAGGUCUACGUGUACAACCCAGAGGCCAACAUCUGGCAGAAGGUGCAGCUCCUGCACACGCUCCAUGAGAAUGGUGGGAUGGUGGCACUGGGCGAUUGGCUAUUUGUCACCGGCGGCCACUGGAAGGGCAUGGAUGGGGACUAUCGGGUGGAGAUGGAGAUGUAUGACUGCACCAAGGACCUCUGGACGCGGGAGGGCUCUCUGCCUUGCCGCUGGCUCUUCCACGGCUCCUCCUCCAUCUUCAUGGACACCUCCAAGUGGACUGAGGCUUUCCAAGGUGACCACGGGUGGUAGGAGAGCCUGCAGCAUCCCCUGUCACCCCGCACAGCCCUUCACCACCUCUCCCCUCUCCCUGCUGCUGGUCUGGCUCUGCAGGUGGGGAGAUGGAAGCCCCUCCGCCAGGCUGGCUGGGGCAGCAGAAGCGUGUUCUCCUCGUUUUCCCCCACACACAUCCUCCUCACCAGCACGGGAAAAAGGCUUUUCCUUAUAAACACGCUUUGGCUAAUGCUCCGUCUUUCUUGGU